UUAUUCUUUCCUCAUGUUCCAGUUUCCCUUUGCGUGGGUGUAACACCAUACGUUUACAUACGACAUGGGAGAAAAACUGUUAUGCGAUCCACUGCAAUUUCGCUUUGCGGGUGCGUAUCGUGCUUGAAAGUGCGUUGAAAUCUCAGCUGCCAACUGACGCAUAACGUAAUAUCGUGAAAAUGGUACGCGAUACCUGGAAUGCCUAAGUAAGUCAUCAUGGCUCUCUCGCAGCAGGACAUCGUCCUUCGUUCACGACCUGUCUCGGAGGUCACGUUACUCAUCGCUAGAAAUUUCAAACGCCUCUCAGCUAAAACAGUGCUAGGCGAAACACAUGGGGUCUCACGCACGCUGCGGCGCGACGGAGAUUGCUUCGCAACGAGUUUACUCGCGCGAUCCCCGUUAUGUUCGGAGUCCACGAACCCCAAGGAAGGGCACAGCGCUCUCCUCCUCAGGGUACCUCUCUUUCACUCGGCCGUCACGAGUUUUCCGUCGCGGCGAGCCAGCCAGUGCGCGACCGACUACGCGAACGUCGGCUCGGGCUCGGCGUGCCGCGGUAUACCCUUUCUCCGGCGUGAGGCACAGCGUGAAGCAAGACACGAGGGAAACAAGAGGAAAACAAGACAACUUGCUCGCGGGAAUUCGCGCCUGGAUCGACCGACGCGAGGAAUCGCGGGAAACGAGAUCGCCGAUCGGGCCGGUCCGACGCCAGUUCGACGAUGACGAGUGUGCGGUGACCCGUCCUUCUGUAUAUGUGUGCCCGUCUGUCCUCUGUGUCCACCGGGUGUACAGUGCGUCCACGCGGACGGUGAUGCUGCCGACUGAUCAGCGGUGAAGCGAAUCCACGUCCCUUGGCGACCGCGAGAUACUCAUUUGCCAGCGUCCGUCGUCACGUGGAAGGCGCGAUCAUGAUUUCGUACCUGCUGGCGAUCCUUCUUCUAUCGGCCGUCACGCCGCCGAGCCAGGCGCAAUGGAGGCCCUGCGUCGAGCUGAAGCGGGAUCUCCUGGUGCCGUGCAGAUGCGCCGUGUCCGCGGAUUAUCCGCGCUCGAUCGAGAUGAAUUGCGACCGGGUGAUCUUCACGCGCGACACCGCGAGCGUUCUGCACGGCCAGCCGAUCGUGUCGAUCAGCCAGCGGCGCUGCGGCCACCAGGCCUUGCCGGAGGACCUCAUUAAUUCCGGUUUGAACCUGCGGAAGCUCGAUCUGUCCGGCAAUUCGAUCCACCGGCUGAUGGACCGCGUGCUGCAGCAGGUGCAGAGCGAACUGCGCGUGCUGCGGCUCGCCGACAAUCUGUUGGGCGACAGCCUAAACCCGAUCUUCUCCAGCAACGAGUUCCACGGCAUGCAGGAGCUCGAGAUACUCGAUCUCAGCAGGAACGGCCUCAGGAGCAUCGAGGAGGGGAUUUUGAAAGGAUGCACGAAUCUCGAGGAGUUGUAUCUCGACGGCAACAACCUCACCGCGGUGCCGACCGCCUCUCUCAAAGGACCGCGCGCCAUCAGGGUGCUGUCCUUGGCCGGCAACAAUAUCGGUAUGUUUGCGAUGAAUUUUAAUCCUUUAAAACACAAAUAA